AUGGUUCCCAUUGUGUUGGGCGCCUUCAAGGACGACUACGAAAGCACACUGCCUCCUCACUCUUUCAUUAAUGUGGAUGACUACAGGUCGAUUCGUGAAUUGACCGACUACUUGCUCUAUUUGGACAAAAAUGACACCGCCUAUGCAGCCUACUUUGCCUGGAAGGAGCAUGGCACAUUUGUCUACGGUGAUGAUGAUGACGCCGUAAACCGCCAUCUUGACCCCGAAUUCAAUGCCUAUCUCCGAAACGAAGGUGACGAACUGAUUCAAUUCCGUGCGAUAUCAUCUCAGAAGGAUGAACUUGCCUCCCCCAGCCCCUUCUUGGAUAAGGAGAAGCAAUGGAGUGUCAUCUGCUUCCAUCUCUAUACCACAUCGCGUUGCCAGUGCAAUCGUAUAACACUCACUGAUUGGCUGGUUCCUGGCUGCAGCAUACUGCCAAAUAUGGUUGUUAGAGAGGUGACGCUCCCAUCUGCUUCGAUCUUUUCAUACCUCCAUCUAGCACAGGCGAUACAGAUGGUCUUUUGCAAGAAAGGGUAUUGCGCAUUGAAGGGCACUCAGAAGAAGCCGUGA